AUGAAUAGUCGUACAAGGAAAAUGUUGAAUAUGGCCACAGAGCACAGAGUUCCAACUAAAAAUAGUGCAGACUAUGCAUAUGCAAAUCAUAAAGUUAUGGUAUUAGACCAAUAUUGUCUACAAAAUUUACCUCAAAACAAUUCUAUAAUUGACCAAAAUAAUAUAUUAAAUGAAGUAGUACUACAGGAGAAGCAAAAUAUAUUAUUAGAAGUAGAAAAAAAGAAGCAAAAUGAUGCAUUAAUACCUGCUUCAUAUUCCAUAAGAAAUGAGAAUAGUAUCAUCUAUCAUAAUAAUUCAUACAGUUCUGGAAGUGGCAAAUAUGAAAAUCAAAUCUUACCUCAAAAUAACUAUGUAGUUGACCAAAAUAUAUCAUAUGAAGUAGAACUGGAGAAUCAAAAUAUAUUAUUUGAAGUAGAACAAGAGAACCAAAAUGAUGUAUUAUUACAUGCUUCAUAUUCCAAAAGAGAUAAGAAUAGUGCCAUCGAUGAUGAUAUUUCAUAUAUUUCUGGAAGUGACAAAUAUGAGAAUCAAAACUUAACUCAAAAUAACUAUGAACUUGACCAAAAUAUAUCAUAUGAAGUAGAACUGGAGAAUCAAAAUAUAUUAUUUGAAGUAGAACAAGAGGACCAAAAUGAUGUAUUAUUACGUGCUUCAUAUUCCAAAAGAGAUAAGAAUAGUGCCAUCGAUGAUGAUAUUUCAUAUAUUUCUGGAAGUGACAAAUAUGAGAAUCAAAACUUUACUCAAAAUAACUAUGUACUUGACCAAAAUAUAUCAUAUGAAGUAAAACUGGAGAAUCAAAAUAUAUUAUUUGAAGUAGAACAAGAAAACCAAAAUGAUAAUAGUGCCAUUGAUGAUGAUAAUUCAUAUAUUUCUGGGAGUGACGAAUAUGAAAUUCAAUUUGGUAAUAACAAUAGAAAUGAGUACAACAAUUUAACACAGAAUAGUAUCAUUGAUCAUAUGAUAGUUGCUCGUUAUUCAAAAAGAAAAACAAAUGGUGCACUGACAUAUUUUUAA